AUGGCCACUGAAGAAGAUCUUAUCGACUACUCCGAUGAGGAACUCCAGACCACCGAUGCUGCAGCUGCACCAGCCGCGCCAGCUGCCAACGGCGAUGCCGCCAAGAAGGGCGAUCUGACUGUAGCUGGAGCUGGCGCCGACAAGAAGGGCAGUUAUGUUGGUAUUCAUUCGACCGGUUUCCGUGAUUUCUACCUCAAGGCAGAGCUUUUACGCGCGAUCACCGAUUGCGGUUUCGAACAUCCAUCGGAGGAAAAUGGCCGAUACGAGCUUGCAGGCGGCACGAGGGGAAAAAGUUUGAGGACAUAUUUUCAAGAAGAAGAUAAUCCUCUGUGGAAACACGUUUAUUUUCGCGAAAAGAGACGGUCCUUUGGGCCCUGUUUUUCGCUUUUGCCUCCUCUGGUCUCCUUCAACCUUAACUGGCACAAGGAGAACCUAAAUAUGGCCUAUAGCGGAGUCAGCGAGCGUGGGAACCUUGUAUUAUCAAGGCGUUCUCCAAUAUUACAUAUAUCAGUCGCUAUUUGCCAUCUUUUCACCUGGGGAAGGUGUAUCUACUUUCUCUACUCCGUCGUGUUGUCACUCUGGAGACAGUCGGAAUGGGCGGAUAUUUUUCAUCCUCAAGUUUGCAUUCCAACAGCUAUUCUUAAUGUCGAUGUUCUCUGUCAAGCCAAGUCAGGUCUCGGAAAGACGGCAGUUUUUGCUUUGACCACUCUUCACCAACUCGAGCCAGUUGCUGGCACUUGUUCUAUCUUAGUCAUGUGCCCUACUCGUGAGCUGGCUUACCAGAUCAAAGAUGAAUACGCCAGAUUCAGUAAAUAUAUGCCAGAUGUGAAGACCGCUGUGUUCUACGGUGGUACGCCAAUUCAGAAGGACAUUGAAAUCCUAUCCUCUAAGGAAACCCACCCCAACAUCAUUGUUGGUACUCCGGGUAGAUUGAAUGCCCUCUUAAGGGAUAAGAAGCUAUCUCUCCGCAACAUCAAAGCAUUUGUUUUAGACGAAUGUGACAAGAUGCUUGACCAGAAGGAUAUGCGCGCUGAUGUUCAAGAGAUUUUCCGCUCCACCCCUGCGGAUAAACAAGUGAUGAUGUUCAGCGCUACUCUUGCGCAGGAGAUCCGUCCAGUUUGCAAAAAAUUCAUGCGAAACCCACUUGAGGUGUAUGUCGAUGACGACACCAAACUAACCUUGCAUGGUCUCCAGCAAUACUACAUCAAACUCAGUGAAGCUGAAAAGAACCGCAAACUGAAUGAAUUACUUGAUAAUCUCGAGUUCAACCAAGUCAUUAUUUUUGUGAAGAGCACCGUUCGAGCAACAGAGCUCGACAAGCUUCUCAGGGAAUGUAACUUCCCAAGUAUCGCUGUACACUCUGGUGUUUCCCAAGAAGAACGCAUCAAACGAUACCGCGAGUUCAAGGAGUUUAACAAGCGUAUUUGUGUCGCGACUGAUGUUUUCGGUCGUGGUAUCGAUAUCGAGCGAAUCAACUUAGCCAUCAAUUAUGACAUGCCAAUUGACGCAGAUUCAUAUCUCCACCGAGUCGGCCGUGCUGGUCGAUUCGGAACUAAAGGGUUGUCCAUCUCCUUUGUCAGCGAUGAAGAGAACCUGCAGGUGCUGAAGGAUAUUGAGAAGCGCUUCGAGGUUGCACUUCCUGAAUAUCCUGAGGGAGGUGUCGACGCCAGCACUUACAUGGCAUAA